AUGAUCAAGAAGAACCCUGACCACCUGUUCAACCUGCAAAAGAAGGACGAUGAAUCCAUCCGAGAUUACAUCAAGAGGUUCAAAGUAGAAAGAGCAAACAUCAUUGGAUGUGACGAUCGAAUUGCGUCAUCGACCUUCAAGAGGGGCUUGCCAAUUGAGUGUGAGCUGUAUCGCGAGCUGACCCUCUCUCCCUGCCAAACACUAGUAGAACUCUUCGCGACAGCAGAGCGCUAUUCACUUUGGGACGAUGACUGGACCGCGGGAAAAAAAGCUACCAAGCAAGCCGAUCAACCGGUUGAGCUGGCAAGCCAAAGAAACGACAUGAUAAAAGACAAGGAUGGGGGCAAGUGCGAAUUACAACCUCAGGGAGGUGCUCCAACAACUAAGAGCUACACCAAGUUCACUAUUCUGAUACAGCAGAUCCUAGCCCAAGUAAAGAACAUGCCUUGGUUGAAGAAACCAUUGCCUUUGAAGGGAAACCCAGCCAAGAAGGAUACCAGUAGAUACUGUGAAUUUCAUGAAGGGCAUUGUCAUUACACAAAUGAUUGCUUCGCUUGGAAAAAGCACCUCGAAGAACUGGUCGAAAACGGCUAUUGCACGGAAUUCAUCGCAAGGGGGGCUAUCUAG